UGUCGCUUCAGCCUGGCUGUGGAGAGGACUGACGCGCCUGUUGCCCCGGGGAGGGGCGCCACCAGGGUAGGAGGAGGAGGUGGAGGAGGUGGAGAGGAAGAGACGCCCUCUCUGCUCGAGCCUUCUCGAGGUUCUGACCCCAGGGGCUAGGAGACUGAUAAGUUCCUCCACCUCCGCCGCCUGAAGAGGCCGCGACCCUGGAGGGACCUGAGCCCACCGCACCAGGGGCCCCAGCACCGCCCCGGUGGCCUAGAGCAACAGUCUCAGGGACCACUGCAAGGUUUCCAGUUGCCUAGACAACGAGCCGGGGUCAGAGCAACAACCCUUCCAGCCACCUGCCUCGACUGCUGGCUCAGACACCAGUCCCAGCCCCGUGCAUCCAGCCCAGGUGACAUGCCGGUGCUCUCCACCCCCCGGCCCUCGCGGGUGUCCACGCUGAAGCGCACAGCUGUGGUCCUGGCCCUCACGGCCUAUGGAGCCCACAAAAUCUACCCCCUGGUGCGGCAGUGCCUGGCUCCGGCCAGAGGCCCUCAAGUGCCUGCAGGGGAGUCCACGCAAGAGACCUCAGGGGCCACGUCAGCCACAGUGGCCACAGCGGCCAAAGCCGGUGUGAACCGAGUGUUCUUGCAGCGACUCUUGUGGCUCCUCAGGCUGCUCUUCCCCAGGAUCCUAUGCCGGGAGACAGGGCUACUGGCACUGCACUCAGCAGCCCUGGUGAGCCGAACUUUCCUGUCAGUAUAUGUGGCCCGCCUGGAUGGGCGUCUGGCCCGCUGCAUCGUUCGCAAGGACCCCCAGGCCUUUGGUUGGCAACUCCUGCAAUGGCUCCUCAUCGCCCUUCCAGCCACCUUCAUCAACAGUGCCAUCCGCUACCUGGAGGGCCAGCUGACCCUGUCUUUCCGAAGCCGUCUAGUGGCCCAUGCCUACAGCCUCUACUUCUCCCAGCAGACCUACUACCGAGUCAGCAACAUGGAUGGGCGGCUUCGAAACCCUGACCAGUCAUUGACGGAGGAUGUGGUGGCCUUUGCUGCCUCUGUGGCGCACCUGUACUCCAACCUGACCAAGCCACUCCUGGAUGUGGCCGUGACUGCCUAUACCCUGCUUCAAACGGCUCGCUCCCGUGGGGCCGGCACGGCCUGGCCCUCGGCCAUUGCUGGCCUCGUGGUGUUUCUCACAGCUAACGUGCUGCGAGCCUUCUCACCCAAGUUUGGGGAGCUGGUGGCAGAGGAGGCACGAAGGAAGGGGGAGCUGCGGUACAUGCACUCUCGCGUGGUGGCCAACUCAGAGGAGAUCGCCUUCUAUGGGGGCCAUGAGGUGGAGCUGGCCCUGCUGCAGCACUCUUACAAGGCCCUGGCUUCCCAGAUCAAUCUCAUCCUGCUAGAGCGCCUGUGGUAUGUCAUGCUGGAGCAGUUCCUCAUGAAGUAUGUGUGGAGUGCCUCAGGCCUGCUCAUGGUGGCAGUUCCCAUAAUCACCGCCACUGGCUACUCAGAGUCAGAUUCAGAAGCAGUGAAGAAGGCAGCCUUGGAGAUGAGGGAGGAAGAGCUGGUGAGCGAACGCACAGAAGCCUUCACCAUUGCCCGGAACCUCCUCACAGCUGCUGCGGAUGCCAUUGAGAGGAUCAUUUCAUCCUACAAGGAGGUGACAGAGCUGGCCGGCUACACAGCCCGUGUACAUGAGAUGUUCCAGGUGUUUGAAGAUGUCCAGCACUGCCAUUUCAAGAGGCCUGGGGAGCCAGAGGACGCUCAGGCAGCGUCCAGGGCUGUGGUCAGGUCUGGUGUCCGUGUGGAGGGUCCCCUGCAAAUCCGUGGUCAAGUGGUGGAUGUGGAGCAGGGGAUUGUUUGUGACAAUAUCCCCAUCAUCACACCCACAGGAGAGGUGGUGGUGGCCAGCCUCAACAUCAAGGUGGAAGAUGGCAUGCACCUGCUCAUCACGGGCCCCAAUGGCUGUGGCAAGAGUUCUCUGUUCCGGAUCCUUGGCGGGCUCUGGCCCACAUAUGGUGGUGUGCUCUACAAGCCCCCACCCCAGCGCAUGUUCUACAUCCCUCAGAGGCCCUACAUGUCUGUCGGCUCCUUGCGCGACCAGGUGAUCUACCCUGACUCAGUGGAGGACAUGCGAAGGAAGGGCUAUUCAGAGCAGCACCUGGAAGCCAUUCUGGACAUCGUGCACCUGAACCACAUUCUGCAGCGGGAAGGAGGUUGGGAGGCCAUGUGUGACUGGAAGGACGUUCUGUCAGGGGGUGAGAAGCAGAGGAUCGGCAUGGCCCGCAUGUUCUACCACAAGCCCAAGUAUGCCCUCCUGGAUGAAUGUACCAGUGCCAUAAGCAUCGACGUGGAAGGCAAGAUCUUCCAAGCAGCCAAGGAUGCAGGCAUCUCUCUGCUUUCCAUCACCCACCGGCCCUCCCUGUGGAAGUACCACACACACUUACUACAGUUCGAUGGCGAGGGCGGCUGGAAGUUCGAGAAGCUGGACUCAGCCGCCCGCCUGAGCUUGACUGAGGAGAAGCAGCGGCUUGAGCAGCAGCUGGCGGGCAUUCCCAAGAUGCAGCAGCGUCUCCAGGAGCUCUGCCAGAUCCUGGGCCAAGGCCCCAGGGUUGUCCAGGGUGCUGCCACCUGACAGAGGAUCAUGGCUCUGGGCCCUCAGCCCCUGCCCUGCCCCAAGCCCUCGGAUCAUAUGAAGGAAACAGCAAUGCCUGCCUAUCCACUCCCCCACCACCCAGCCCCACCAUAGGCCCGCUCCGCAUGACUUUCCCUCC